AACUUUCACCAAAAGAACGCACGAAACGCAGCGGAGCGACAUCUAAAAGUGAGGCUGCUUCAGCUUCAGCUCGACUAUGAAUCCAAUUCUUCAAACCUGAAAAAAUAAAGCCGCUAAUCAUUUCACGCUUUCUGUAAAUAAUAUUGGGAGCUGAAACUUGAUUACCUAAGAUGAAGAAGCUUCUAGAAUUUGGGAGGAAAGCAAUGUUCUAUAUUAGGGUUCUUUCAGGCUAUGAAGAGCGUCGAAUCCGUUCUUAUCGAUUGCAGAUGCAACAACGACUUCAACAGGCGGAGGAGAGGAAAGCAGCAAUAAGGAAGGUUCCUGAACAAAUGAUUUUGUCAGAAGUUAGGCGCAUGGUGGAAGAGAUGCAAGCUUUGAAUAAGAAGCUAGAGGAGACUGAGGCUGCUAUUGAUGACUAUUUCAAGCCAAUAAACAAGGAAGCAGAAGCAAUAGUGAAAAUGCAGCUUGAAGGAGAGGAGAAGAGAACGAAGGAGAUGAUGAAUAUCUUGCACAAACAAGCUUUUCUUGAGAAACAUCAGGCGGAGAAACUAAUAAGCGCAGAAAAUGUGGUCACGGAAAAACAUGGCCAAGAUAAAGCAUCUACAUAGAUCCCACCAAAAGUAACACUCUUUUGUAGAGUAUAAAAUUGUUCCUGAAAUUGAACAGUACGAAUUCAUGUUGUUUUGCCUCUUAGAUGUGGCAUGGUUUUGGCAAUCCAAAAAGGGAGGAGGAUCUCGCCCCUUCCAAAGCUUCUGAUAAAUUUGGAACGAGUAGAGAAGCAGGAAUUAGUUUGCUUAUUUCAAUUACACAUGCCAACGAUGAUUUCUGUUGUAAUUUAUACAUUGUCUCAAUGUGAUUUUCUCGUUCCCAGGUUCGAGUGUUAAUGGUUUCAGUAAAAAGCCAUUUCACAUUCAGCUUCAGCUUUGUAUCUGAUGAGUUUGUUACAGAAAACUGAAGGAAAAUUUUGAAAUAUGUCUGAUUAUAAUACAGUUUUUUAAGGAUC